AUGAAUAAGGCUUAUGAUAGGGUCGAGUGGGAUUUUCUAGAGGCAACUCUUCUUAAGUUCGGCUUCUCAAGGCAUUGGGUUAACUUGGUUAUGGCAUGUGUUUCAACAGUAACUUUCUCAAUUGUCUUGAAUGGGAAUUCAGGGAGUUCUUUUAGGCCAAGCAGGGGUCUUAGGCAGGGGGACCCCCUGUCCCCCUAUUUGUUCCUUAUCAUCAGUGAAGUUCUGUCUCUUCGCCUCACCAAAGCAAUCCAUGUUGGUGAUCUCGUUGGGGUUAAGCUAACCAGGUCGUGCCCUAUCAUAUCUCACCUAUUUUUCGUGGAUGAUGCUCUUCUCUUCAUGAAGGCUACCCUAAUAAAUUGUUGGAGGUUAAUCAUGCUCUUUAAUGAGUAUUGUACUACCUCGGGUCAGCUUAUAAAUCAUGAUAAGUCUAGCAUCUUUUUCUCUCCGAACACCCCGGAUCAGAUGAAAAGACUUAUGUGUGCUUUGUUGAGGAUUGUGGGGGUUCAUACCCCUGGCACCUAUCUCGGAUUACCUACUAUAUGGGGUAAGUCAAAAAGAGAAGCACUAGUUUACAUUAAGGAGAGGAUUGGGAGGAAAAUUGAGGGAUGGAAACAGAGCUCCCUUUCCCAGGAUGGAAAGGAAGUCUUGAUAAAAUCUGUGGCCAUGGCUAUUCCCUCAUAUCCCAUGGCUUGCUUUAAAUUUCCAAAAAGUAUUUGCGAUGAGAUCAACUCUGCCCAUGGCUCGGUUCUAAAGGCUAGAUAUUUCCCAAAUUGUGAUUUCCUAAAGGCUGAGAAGGGAUACAGAGCUUCUUGGGGAUGGUCUAGCCUGCUUGAUGCUAGAGACCUGCUUUUCAAGGGGGCUAGCUGGCAAGUCAUCAAUGGCUAUUCAGUUAAUAUUUGGGCUGACAAUUGGUUACCUCCACCUAACAUACGACCUCUUGUUACUACGGGUCUAGUUCAGGGGAAUGCUCCUACCAUGGUAAAUGAAUUAAUUGACUGGGAUACACAUACUUGGGUUCUCGAUCAAGUAUUACAUCUACUACAUCCUAGUGAAGUGGUUAACAUUCUCACUAUUCCGAUUGGAAGUGGGGAAAGGGAUGAUCGACUUCUAUGGCCUUGGAAUAAAGAUGGCAGGUACACUGUUAAAUCAGGCUACCAUUGGAUACAUUCUAAUGACUCUUUCCCCUCAAACAGUACUACUGGAUCAUCCCAUGUCAUAAACAGUCGGGUUUGGAAGAUGGCACGUUGUGAUUAUGUGUAUCGACAUCGGCAACCUUCCUCAUCCCAAGUCCUCUGCUAUGCGGUGAGUCUGGCUUGCGAGAUUUUGGAGGCCUCGGUCCAUAAUCGGAUUGGUGGAGCUCCCCUUUCCGACAACAUUAAUCAAUGGUCCCCUCCCCCACAAAAUGUAGCUGCAAUUAACUGUGAUGCUUCUUGGAAGAGUCCAUCGACUGGAGGACUGGGAACCAUAAUAAGAGAUUACAGAGGCAUGGUAAUUUGUGGAGCUACUUUCAACACGUGCAGUGGAUCAGUGAUUAUUGCUGAAGCACAGGCCAUCCUUUUGGGUUUGAACUUGGCAAUUAAGCACAAUUUGAAGAGAGUCAGAGUAGAUUCUGAUUCUUUAGAAGCAAUCACCGAAAUAAGGAAAGCCAACUCCUACCAGAAUUGGAGGAUUUCCCCUAUCAUUGAUGAAAUUCAUAAAAAAAGUCAGUAUUUUGAUCACAUUACCUGGGAAUGGAUUCCCCGUGAAGCGAAUCGCGUCGCCCAUGUGGUGGCCUCGCUUGCCAUCCGGUCGGUGGGUCUUAAUAGAUGGGCCAACAGGCCACCACCCUCCCUCUCCAUGGUACUUCGGAAUGACGGUCUCCCAUGCCCGCAUGGAAAUGACUCUUGA